AUGAGGAUGGGCUCGUUAGCAUUGCUGAGCGACAUUCGCACAGCUUACUUGGCAGGCUACGACGCAGCCCAGCGAUCGGGUGAAACGAUUCUCAGUUCCUCCCGGGGCGCCAUAGACAGGGCCAAGGUGACGGCAGGGACUAAGGACGCGCGCCAGCGCCUCGAGGAACACCUCCGAUUGCUUUGCACCACCAUUUGCAUCUCGGGUGAAGAGUACGUGAGGGCGUUUCCGGCGAACUUGUACGUGCCGUUGUUGACGGAGAUCUUGACUGCCGCCCAUGUGGCGCAGAGAAGCGACGGUUGCGUCAUGAACCCCUUGUCAUCGGACGUGUGCGACAGUGACGUGCCUUCCUCCUUUAGCGUUGUGAAGCAGCCAUCGCACAAGGUGGUGCUAAAGAGUCGCUCGAAUAAGCUCUUGUCCUCAUACAUGCCGGCUCUUGGCAUGCAGGCCGCCUCGCCCGUGGCGGUUUUUGCGCUACGAGCACUCGCGCUCAUUGCGGACAUGGUGCCCAGCGGCAGCUUCGCAUUCUGCCCUAGCCGAAGCAAGGACACCAUCGCGACUUUGGCGCUUUACAUCAGCGAACCGGAUUUCCUAGUCGUCAAUGAGGACCUUGCGGAAGAGCUGCUCAAAUGCUUUCGGUACGUCUCCAUGGUCACGUAUGACGCAUGCAUUGAUGCGCGGGUCCCCGCGCGUACCGUAGAAAUGCUACUGGUCUUGGAGCCCCACCACCUGCGCGUCCUGUGUGUCCAAGUGGUGUCGAACCUCCUCGCGCGCGCGCGAGAGUCGGACCUGGAGGGGGUGUGGGCACCCGUGAUGGCGAAGUUGCUUGAGUCAUUCGACAGUUUCCUCCUCGAAAGCUCACUUCGCCUAAGCGCACCCGAGACAACUACCCAGGUGGCGACGGAUGGCUCCUCCAGGCCAACAGCGGCGACAGCAGCUGCCACUACUGCAUUCGUCACGCCCACCGCUGUGCGCUCGCUCACAGGCAAGGAGACGACGCUGCUGCAGCACUACAUGGAGGCGAUUGCGCAUGCCGUCGACCGCCUCUUUGUUAGCGUUGCCUCGAUGAAGGCACAUAUGAAGCUGCUGGAUCACAUGAUCCGAGUGUGCGUGCAGGUGCUGCAACUGUCUCUGAACAUUAUACCUGCCACGUGCGGCGAGUGGCUCCGCUCCGUCGCCCUCUCGCCGAUUCUCGCCUUUUAUCUGACCAAUCCGCCGUUUGCGGUGCCGGUGUUGCUGCAGCUGCGCGUCUGGGAGGCUGUUUGUGGCUGCAUGCUGACGCUCGUAGAUCGGCGGGCGGUGGGUACCAGAGCCUCCGGGGCAGCUGCUGGAGUUACCGCUCUUGAGAGUGAGGUAGCGGGAGGUGCACCAGAUGACAGAGCUGCCAUGCAGAUCAACAGCUCUGCGCACACCGCAUCGUCUGCGGCGGCAUCUUCAGCGUCACUGGCAUCGAAUGCGCAGCGCGGCAGGGGCGAGGGCCCCGCUCUGACAACAGGCCCAGUCCUAACAACAGAUGUGACCACGAUUCCCUUCAUCGCCGAUGAACUGCGGUUGCUCCCGCUGUUGGAGUUUUUGCUAGUGCUGCUUCCAUGCGCUUGCCGCGGGCACUCUCACACAGACUUCCGCCACGUGACCCUCCCGUACUUCGGCUGGACCUGGGAGGACGACUUCCACAACGAGACCGAGUGCAACGAGGCGAUAUCGCGGCGGCUCGAGCGCAUUUAUCAGCAGACGCGCAGCUGCCGCAAGCACGAACUCUUUGCAAUAACACACGGAAAGCAGCGCGUAUUUUACAUUGAUUUCCUGAGCAAGUCGUACGUGAGCGAGCGGCGGGAGCGCCACUGUCUGCACCGCAAGCCCCUUCUGACGGGCUACAUGCAUGGCACGCAAGACGCACUGCUGCGCGGCUGCACCUGCUGCGCUUCUGAGCCGGCCCCCCGCUUCUCGACCUGGGUGAACCGCAACUACAUGCAGCUUCGCACGGCAGACACCGAGGCCGGUGGCCGGCGCGGGGAGUCUCUCUCCUCUUCGUCCUCCUGUGCCUCCUCCGGCGACGCAGCGGACGAGGAGGACGGCUCACAGGCACCAGGGUCAACACCGCAGUCGUCCGCGAUGGUGCGGGCCUCCUCGUCUCUGUCGCUGCGCUCGAGCAGCGCGAGGGAUCGAGGAAGGGGUCAUGUCUCUUCAUCCUCGUCCUCCCACCUGCGCCACCAGAUAAACACGCUGCAAAUGCCCGACGUUCACGCUAGUGACCCCGACGAUGGGGACGGAAAUCGCGACACUGCCACGAGCCCGUCGGCAAGUCGGCGGUCGAGAGGCUCAGGCACCACCCGCGAGGGCAGCGGAGGUGCGGCCAAUGUGCACCACGGCAACCGCCUUCCUCAUACCGCAUACAGCGAGGGGGACGAAGUGAAUGCAGAUGACGAGGACUGCUACAGCAGUAUGAACGGACACCAGGGCGAGUCGCAGCAGCUCAACCCGCGCCGCCGCGGCGGUGGGCUAGGCUUCCUGCUGUGCAGGUGCGACAGUGACACCACUGCAAGCUCUCAGGGCCGCAGUCGGCAGAUACGCAUGAGAGCCUAUCUUCCUGAAACACCGCCCUUUCCCCACCACCGCCAUGAUUCGCUCGCCAUUACGGUGCUGCCGAUGGAGGCAGUGCUGGAGAGCCCUGGGGAGCGACUGCAGGCCGACCUGUCGACCCGCAAGUCGUUUCUUGGCAAAGGCGUUCUUUCAAGCCUGCUGGUCACCGUUGUGCCGGCGCUGCUCAGCGUGCUGGACAAUUGCGUGAACCCGGUUGUGGCGCGGCACAGUGUGACGCUGUUACUGCGGUGCCUCUCCCUCAGUGCCAACUUACGAACCCAAGUGACCGGCGAGUCGAUUGAGCUCUUCACGGGCAGCUGCUCGGGAGAGAAGGCGGCCGCUGCGGCAGCGGCGUCGGAGGUGAGCGAUAAAAGUGGAUGGCGGCGCAUGUCGUUUCGUAAAUGGAUCACCGGCGGAAGUGGCAGCAAGCCGAGAGGGUGGCAGCGCGCGGAGUGGGAGGCGACGCAGGCGGCAUUGCAGCGACUUGCCCCUUCCCUAUGCGAGGUCUUGGUGAGCCUGUACGUCGCAGACAGCGUGAACAUUGUGGCGGAGCGGCAGGAAACAUUUGGGUACGUGCGCGACGAUCUCUUGAUGGCGGACGAGUUGGCCCGAGUCGGAUUGUCAAAGGAUUUUUUCAGCUUCCAGUUGGCCUUGCCGUCUGAGCUGCACGUGUGCACGGCUGACGCGAUCACGCUCCUGCUCCACCUCUUUCCCAGUGUAAAGCCGUCGGCGAGCGCAGCGUCGGCUCCCAAAUUGAAGGCGCUCAAAAAGUCCAGGAAGACGAGCAACCUUCACAGGCCACCACGCCACAGCAUCAGUGGCGACAAGGAUGCCGGCGUGCUAGCAUCACUGACGCAAUCGAUGUCCUCGUCGGGCUCAAGCACGAAGACGUCCACGGCUGGCCAGCCGACGACACCGGCCGCCCAGGCAGCUCUUCAACGGCAGCAUUCACAGGACCUACGUGACACGGUUGCUUCUCUGGCGUUAUCAGAGACCCCGGUGCUCCAGUACAGGACUCCGGUCUCGCAGGGAGGCCAAGGACACGUCACAAAGCCUUUGUCACCGACACAGCGCCCCGCACCAGUUCCGCAGCAAGGCAGCGCUGAUGCCAACGCUACCAACAGUCAGCCGCCACCUCUCUUAUCGCCCACGACGCUGUCGCGGCCUUCCACCAUGUCGCUCUCACUCUCUGCCAGCGAGAGCUACUCGGCCAGCGUGGAUACGGUGCAGGAUUGCUUGUCCAAGGCGUCCCCGGCGGACAGCCGCGGCGUCGGAGGCGCUGGUGUUUUUACUCUGCAUCAGAGCACGCUCCUCGUCAGCUAUGCCAGUCAGAUCGUGCGCCGAUCUACUAAGGCCUGCGCUGCGGCGCAGCAGAUUCACGAGUCGAUGAAUCACAAAACAUUUUACACCCGCGUCGUGAUCGGCUCCCCGGAGCCGUGCGACGGCGGCGCGCUUCAGCUACAGUCCAGAGAGCUUACCCUGCGUCUUUUUCCCGAUUCCAGGUGUCCGUACCACUCCACUUUCCUUGCCUGCACCGAGGCAUUUUUCCAUGCCUCGCAGGCUCUGCUAAUGGCCCUGCUCGCUGCGGGAGCGUCACCGCCGGCCAGGUCCGGGGCAACCGCAGCGCCGUCGCGGGACCUGAUGGCGCAGCCGGGGACGGCUGUGUUCUCGCCUGCUGUCGUCUCGGAGGUCCCGUCGGCUGCGGUGGCGCGCCUUCAAGGGCCGCAGCCGGGCCGACAAAGACCCUCUGCUUGUUUGACGGUGCGGCCCGCUGAGAGUGCGCACACCUCGGCGCCAGUGCAGAGCCAAGCACCGUCGCAUUUCAAGGGAGGGGAGGAGUUCGCGGUGGGCGUGGAGCUGCCUGUCAUCCCGGCGACGGUAAACGCGGGCGCAAUGCAGGAGGCGAUCGAUCGCGCCAUGGAGGACACCACAGGCCUCUAUCGCCGCCUACCGCCUGCGCUGCGCGGCUUGCUGGGUUUCUAUGACUACUGCAAGCAGUGCAACAUCGAACUUCGUGCCGCUGUUGUCGAGACGCCAGAGAUUCUAGGUGAAAUGGCCACCCAUUUGGAGAAGUGGCUGGCGUCGCGUGCGCGGCAGCGCGAGGAUGUCGAGUGCUCUAACGCCAGCUUUGCACUCUCCCUCUACAUGUCGAACAACUCAUUGGACUCGAGCACAAGCCGUAUCGUCGAUGCGCUGCUGGCGAGCCAACAGCAGCUACAUCUCGACAGCACCGCUCGCGGCAAGCUGCUCUGCCUGACGGCUGACUUUGCCACGACAAUCGGGCGUGAUCUCGGCCUCGCCACACUGGACGUCGCCCCAUCGGUGGUGAUGAAGCAGCCGUGCAGCUUUCAGAAACGGGCAAAGCGCGUCAAGACGUUUGACGCGAUUCGCCUCCUCUUGUGGCGGCCUCUCAGCAUUUUCCUUGACCCAAGGACCCCAACGACCGCGAAGCAACUGCUGAGCGGCAGUCUCAGUACUGCCGAUGCUGCCUCCGUGGCAUGGGGAGAGGCAGCGGGAGCCGAAAAGUCUGUGGUGAUGGUGGGGUGUACAGAGCUGCGCGUUGUGACUGGUGUGAAGCUCCGCGACCCAAUGAUGUCGGUGCUCCCGAUUAUCACGAUGGGCUUGCUGGCCGAGGCCGUGGCCGCGCAGGUACAGCUCCCGCCGGUCUCUGCCUUCUCGCGAAGCUUCACUCUCAAGUCCUCGCAGUUGUCGCCAUCCCCGCGACCGCUGCACGCAUCACAGGAGCGUCAAAGCCUGUCCGAGUCAGAUUCAGGGAGAGGGGGGGCCGAGUCGUCGUGCCUCAAGAGCGAAAACGGCUUUGAGGAGCGCCGCCCGGACUCAACAGCGACGGCGACGACGGCGUCUGCAACGGAGCCGCCCAUUUCUGCUGACCGCAUUCUGUUUUUCUUGAAUGAUACACCACUAUUUUCACCAAUGACGACAUUGCUCGACGCUUUGACCGCCUUCGCCGGCAGCGGUGCUAGCCUGCGUGACCUCGUGGAGAGACAGCGGCGUUCGUCGGUAUCUGUGGACGCGCACAGCUCCGAUAUCUCGGCGACGCUGCCGACGCUGCCAUUUUGGACGGUGACCCAUGUCCUUAAGUUUGUCGUGCUAGCGGAGCCGCUGCCAUCGUCGUUGAUUCUUGGCUUGACGACAACGGCAUCCGCAUCUUCUGCGACGAACUGCUGCUGCUGCUGCGGGUGCGACGGCCUGAGGCCGGCUUUCUUAUGCAGUCCUAAGCAUCUCUUCGACGCGGCGCCGUCGAGUGGCCCUCUUGCCCUGUACUCCGCCCUCUCCACAGUAAUGCGGGAGGAGGUCGGGAACUCGCUGGCGGUGCUAGAGAGCAACCAGCAGCGGCUGAGCAGCGCCGUCGUGCACGAGCUGUACCACCAGUUGAAAAUGUUCAUGUUGCCGCCUUUGCUCUGGUGCUGCGGCAUCGGCGCCGCUGCCCAGGGAAGAACGCGUGGCCGCGUCGUCGGUACCGCCGCCACGCUCUCGGCAGGAGCCUUUCCCCUGCCGUCGUACGUGCUGUGGCGCUAUCCCUUCAUCUUCUCCGCGGAAAUGCGCCUGUCCAUUUUCAGGUUUUUCAUUUCGGCGCAGCGCUCGCUGAGUUACGAGGAAGCGAAGCAUCUGCUGCAGCACUACCGUCACCUGCUCGUGCGGCAUGCAGCAGCGGAAGAGGCGCGGGCGACGGCGAGCGGCGCGGACGGCGACACCGAGGAAACGCUCAACAUUGUGGGACUGCAGUGGCUGUCCGAGGAGGUGGUGCGUCGCCGCCGCGUCACACUCACGGUGCAGCGGCGCAACAUCCUAUGCUGCGCGGAGGAGCUGAUACGGCUAGCCACUUGCAAUGUCACCAUCGACGUUGCCUUCGAGGGUGAGGCUGGUAUCGGAAACGGCCCUGCGAUGGAGUUCUACGAGAUGGUGGCUGAGGAACUUUUAGACCCGAAGCACGGCCUGUGGCGCACCGAGCCGAUCCCGAUCGAUGAGCCGGCGGACUCGUCGUCCUUGAGGGCGGCACCCCCACCAACUCGCAGCGCGAACCCGUCGCCGCGCACUGCUGCUACCGGUGUCCCACAGCGUCGGCGCCCAUGCACGCCGCUGUUCCCUGCUGCGAAGCAGACCCCGACCAGCCUUCACUACUGGAAGCUGCUCGGUGUCCUCCUUGGCCGCCUGCUGGUGAUUGGCACCACGUCCUCGCUUAACUUUCACCCCUUGCUGCUGCGCCGGCUGCGCGGGGAAUCGCUCACGUCGACCGCGACUGAGGCGUCUCAAAACAUGUCUCAGGUGGAUGCGGCGCUGGAGUUCACGCUACAUCGACUGGAGACGAUGAACGCUGGUAGUCUGGCAGCGUGCGAGCUUUUCUUCACCAUCCCUGUCAGCGAGGCGGACGGCUACGCGCCAGGUACGGUCAAGGAGCUGCCGCUCAUACCUGGCGGCGCCGAUCGCCAGGUCACGGUGGACAACGUGCGCGAGUACACACACAGCCUGCGUGCCUACUACCUGCACACGGUGCCUGACCUCGCCCUGCUCUACUUGCGCCAAGGACUCCAGCUCACCGUGAACCCGUUGUACCUGCAGCUGUUCACCGUCGAUGAGCUGGGGCGGCUACUGGGCUCGCCGCUGGACUCUAAGGUAUGGGAAACGCGGGAACAGUUCGCGCGUGACGUGGAGGCGGCGCACGGGUACCACAUCAAAAGUGAUGUGGUGCAGUACCUGCUCGAUAUCGUGCCCACCUGGAGCGCACAGAUGCAGCACGCGUUCCUGAAGUUUGUCACCGGUUCCAGCGCUGUGCCGUAUGGCGGGUUGACACAGCGCAUCAAGGUGGUGCGGCGAGACGUUGACGUGUCUGCGGCGGAUUUGUCUGUCACGCCUACUACCCACUCCUUCGGCAUCAGCGCUGCGGGGCUUUUCACCACCUCGAGCUUCGCCGGCGGCGGCGUCAACUACGACAACAGCUUGCCCACCGUCAGCACUUGCUUCCUCUAUUUGAAACUGCCCCGGUAUAGCAGCAGGGCUGUGCUGCAGGAUCGACUGCUCUUUGCCGUCUGUGAAGGGCAGCGCUUCUUCUCAUUGACGUAG